UAGAUGCGCACUUCUAUCGACGUGAGAUAGAAAGGCAUUUUUGAGCGUCUCGGUAAAUAUAGACUCUCACACUUUACUGAGAUGAUCAGAAUGGAUGUGGGACAUCCACACUAUCGGAUCGGCUAGCUCACCACCAACGUCUUUGUCAAGUUCAACGUUAAGUUAACACUAGAAGUAAUCAUGGUGAACCAGCGAGCGGAGACCGGCUGGCAGGACAGCAAGUGUGACUCCAGCGGAGCGAGCAAUAGCGGGGAGAGCUCCAGGGACAGCUCUCGGAGCUCCACGCCGGUGCUGGAUGCCGACCGAACCGAUAGGCUCAGGGAUAAGAUGAGACGGCGGAUUGAAUCCGGGGACCGCUGGUUCUCUCUGGAGUUCUUCCCUCCUCGCACCGCCAGCGGAGCUGUUAAUUUGAUCUCGAGGUUCGACCGCAUGGGCUCCGGUGGUCCUCUCUUUAUCGACAUCACAUGGCACCCGGCGGGCGACCCCGGCUCCGACAAAGAGACGUCCUCCAUGAUGAUCGCCAGCACUGCGGUGAACUACUGCGGACUGGAGACCCUCCUGCACCUGACCUGCUGCAACCAGACCCAAGACGCCAUCACCGGCUACCUGAAGAAAGCCAAGCGCCUCGGCCUCAAGAACAUUAUGGCCCUCAGGGGAGACCCCGUGGGCAGUGACUGGGAGGAGGACGAGAAGGGCUUCAACUACGCCACUGACCUGGUCAAACACGUCCGCUGCGAAUUUGACGACUAUUUUGACGUCUGCGUCGCUGGUUACCCCACUGGCCACCCUGAGGCAGAGAGCUACGCUGCUGACCUCCGUCACCUGAAGGAGAAGGUGGACGCCGGGGCAGACUUCAUCAUCACGCAGCUCUUCUUCCGCGCUGAGACCUUCCUCACAUUCCUCAAGGACUGCAGGGCCAUCGGCAUCACCUGUCCCAUACUGCCCGGCAUCUUCCCCAUACAGGGUUACCAGUCUCUACGGCAACUGGUGAAGCUCUCCAAGCUGGAGGUUCCGGAGGAGAUCAUGGAGGUGAUCGAGCCGAUCAAGGACAACGACGCGGCGAUCCGUAACUUCGGCAUCCAACAGGCGGUGGAGAUGUGCCGAGUGCUGCUGGACAGCGGGGAUGUGCCUGGCCUGCACUUCUACACCCUCAACCGAGAGGUGGCCACCAUGGAGGUGCUGAGACAGCUGGGCCUGUGGGUGGAGGACCCAAGACGACCGCUACCGUGGGCAGUAAGCGCCAACCCCAAGCGGAAGGUGGAGGACGUGCGGCCCAUCUUCUGGGCAUCCAGACCCAAGAGCUACAUCUACAGAACCCAGGACUGGGACGAGUUCCCCAACGGACGAUGGGGGAACUCGUCGUCCCCAGCCUUUGGCGAGCUGAAUGAUUACUACCUGUUCUACCUGAAGAGUAAAUCAGCCAAGGAAGCGCUGCUGCAGAUGUGGGGGGAGGAGCUAACGAGUGAGGAUAGCGUGUUUGAGAUCUUCACCAACUACAUCAUGUCUGAGCCCAACCGCAACGGGCACAAGGUGAUGUGUCUGCCCUGGAACGAUGACCCACUGGCCCCCGAGACGAACCUGCUGAAGAACGAGCUGGAGAAGGUGAACCGGCGCGGCGUCCUCACCAUCAACUCCCAGCCCAGCAUCAACGGCAAGCCCUCGUCCGACCCCAUCACGGGCUGGGGUCCGCCGGGGGGCUACGUCUUUCAGAAGGCUUACCUGGAGUUCUUCACAUCCAGUGAGAAUGUGACCGCUCUCCUCAAGGUGCUCAAGAAGUACGAGCCCCGCGUCAACUAUCACAUUGUCAACGUUCAGGGGAGGAACAUCACAAAUGCCCACGACAUGCAGCCCAACGCUGUGACAUGGGGCAUCUUCCCUGGCAGGGAGAUCGUCCAGCCCACCGUGGUGGACCCAGUCAGCUUCAUGUUCUGGAAGGUGAGCGCUUACACUGUGACCUGUCAUAUGUUCUCUGCGCUGAUUGGACGUUACUCCAGCAUCGGGCGUUGCUUUUGUGCCUGGGCGGGAUGGACAGAAGCACAUUCUCACUGAACAUCCAGCAGUAUUCAGUUCAUGGGUGGUAUUAAUAAGAGAUCGAUGUUUCCAGUUUUAGAAUGACAGUGGAUACAUACGUAUGCACACACGUACGCACGCGCCACCACACAC